ACAGACAAGAUAUUAAAAAUGAAAGUCAAAGACGGAAAUAAGGGCACAUGGUGACAGAGUGACAGAGAGCAGCCGAGAGACACCUCAGCAUGAGCCAGUGGAAGCAGAUUCAGCAGCUGGAGGGUAAACUCUUGGAACAUGUGGACAAUCUUUAUGAUGACAAUUUCCCCAUGGACAUCCGUCAGGGUCUGGCCAGCUGGAUCGAGUCUGAGGACUGGGAAACGGCGGCCAAUGAGGAGUCGGUGGCGAAGGUUCUCUUCAGCAGCCUGCUGACCCAGUUGGACAGAAUGUGCUCGCAGGAGUCUAACUUCCUCCAGAGACACAACAUGAAAAUCAUCAAACAGCAGCUGCAGGUGAAAUACAAGACCAACCCUGUCCUCAUGGCCACAGUUAUCGCCACCUGCCUGAGGGAAGAGCGGCGGAUCCUCUCCAGCGCCUGCAUGCAGGAACAGCAGGGUCCACUGGGGAAAUCGCUGCAGAAUUCUGUGUCCUUUGAGAAGCAGAGGAACAUGGAAAACAGAGUUGGACUCAUAAGGAGCAGUGUUCAGUUGAUGGAUCAGGCUGUAAAACACAUCGAGAACCUGCAGGAUGACUUUGAUUUCUGCUACAAGACCCUGCAGUCACGAGAUCCGGCUGAGAACAACUCUAAAGAGACCAGCAAAGAACUAACAAAUCUACAGGAAAUGCUCAACAGGCUCGACUUCAAACGGAAGGAGAUCCUGUUGAAAAUGGAUGUUGUGAUAAAGGAGAUUGAUGAUCUGAUGACCUCUCAGCUCGGCCCUGCGCUGCAAGAAUGGAAGCGCAGACAGCAGAUUGCUGCCAUUGGCGGUCCACUGCUCAGCGGUCUGGACCAGCUACAGAGUUGGUUUACGGUGACAGCGCAGAGUCUCUUCCAGACUAAACGUCAACUGGACAAACUGGGUGAGCUGGUUUUGAAGGUCACCUAUGAGAGUGACCCCAUCCCUCUGCAACAUCCUCAGAUGGAGGAACGAGUGAAAUACCUCAUUUAUCAUCUCAUCAAGAGCUCCUUUGUGGUGGAGAAGCAGCCGUGCAUGCCCACACAGCCACAGAAACCCCUCAUCAUCAAGACCGGAGUGCAGUUCACCACCAAAGUCAGACUGCUUGUAAAACUUCCAGAGGUGGACUAUCAGCUGAAAGUGAAAACAACAUUUGACAAGGACCUUCCACCGGGCAGAGUAAGUCGUCAGUUUUUCAUCCUUACCAACAACACUAAAGUCAUGGACAUUGAGGAUUACUCCGACGGCUGCCUCUCAGUGGAAUUCAGACACCUGCAGCUGAAAGAAAGGAAAUAUAUCAACGGCACAAAGGGGAAUGAGGGUCUGCUCUCUGUGACGGAGGAGCUUCACUCUCUCAGUUUUGAGGCGUGCUUCACCGUUCAGGGCCUCACCAUCGACCUGGAGACAUGUUCUCUGCCACUUGUGGUCAUCUCUAACGUCUGCCAGCUGCCGGGCGGUUGGGCCUCUGUGAUGUGGUAUAACCUGCUAACAGACGAGCCCAGGAAUUUGGCGUUCUUCGCAAACCCGCCUCGGGCCGCAUGGAGUCAGCUGUCUGAGGUCCUCAGCUGGCAGUUCUCCACCUUCGCUGGGCGGGGUCUCAACAGGGAGCAGCUUUGCAUGCUGGGAGAAAAGCUUCUUGGUCAGUCUGCCUCCUGUAAUGAUUUCCAAGUGUCCUGGUCUAAGUUCUGUAAGGAGAAUAUGGCGGGAAAGCCCUUCAGCUUCUGGAUGUGGCUGGACUCCAUCCUGGAACUCAUCAAGAAGCACUUGAUGCCAGUCUGGAAUGACAAUUACAUCAUGGGUUUUGUCAGUAAAGAGCUGGAGCGCAAUCUGCUGAAGAACAGAAAACCCGGAACCUUCCUCUUACGCUUCAGUGAGAGUCAUCUCGGAGGAAUCACCUUCACCUGGGUGGAGCACGGUGACAAUGGAGAAAUAAAGUUCAACUCAGUGGAGCCGUACACAAAAAACCGACUUAGCGCUCUCCCGUUUGCUGACAUCAUAAGGGACUACAAAGUGAUCUCAGCCGGGGUUGUCCCAGAGAGCCCUCUCAAGUACCUCUACCCAGACAUCCCCAAAGACGAGGCCUUUCGUCGACAUUACAAUAGUCACCCCAGCAAAGCCUACCCGUACAUACCAUCUACCCUGAUCCCUGUCUCUGAGGUGAGGUCGAGCGCCAGCAUCUCGCCUCCUAGUCGGUCCCCCGAGCCUCCGAUGACCCCUGGGGAGUUUGACAUGCUCAGUGAGCAGCUGUGUUUUGAAAUUGACACAAUGAGUUCUCCAUAUUCAGAGUAAGACCAGACAGUUGUCCUGCUGCCUUCACUUAAUAUCUACCUUCAUGAUGGAUCUGAUUCCAGUGUUUCUAAUAAUCAAGUUUUUUUAUGUGACUCAUUUCUCCUUCCUGCAUGUGUUCAAUGUGUUUCCACUUCAGUCAUGUCCAUCACUUUACACUGUAAAUGUUGACUGUAUUUUAAAAGUAUGUUUGUGUUUAUAAAAAAGUUCAUGGUUAUUUUGCUAAUAUAUGUAACAUUAUUUGGCAGAACUCAGAUUUUGCUGUAUCAUUGUCACUUGUACUUGCAUGUUAUGUUAUAUUCCUGCUACAAAAUUUCAUUUCAGCAAGAAUUGUGUGACAGCUUCACGGACUGAGUCUGUUUUACAUUGUUUCAAGAUGUACUCUGAGGGCUGACGUGUCCCAGCCCGGCUGCAGAGCCUGACUCACCAAAACCAGCUGCAAUUCUGAUAAAAGCGCAUUCAUGAUUCUCUUCAGCAAAGCGCAGCAUCAGUAGGAAUGCAGAAAUGGAGAUGUGCUGCUUUCUAUGAAUCGUGUGAGAAACAGCAAAGCAAAUGUGUAAAAAAGGAAGGACAGCUGCUGUUGCAAAAGAGCAAGAAAAAAAUGUGGCAAACAGUAAAAUACACGUUACUAGUUUCUCACUUGUCAUUUGCACAAAUUAAAGCUUUUACACUUUGCCGUAAAA